CAUUUACACACACCUGACAUGCUUGUCGCAUAUUGAAAACAUAUAUUUAUCCCCUUGGCCUUGAGAUCUUAAUCUUUCAUUGAUCAAGAAAAAAAAUAGAAGCAAAAGAUGCUCAAUCCCAAUAAUCUGACAAAGGAAGAACUUAUUUUCCUUGUACAGAACUAUUAUGGAACCAUUAUUAUGGUUGCAGUGUUUUCUGUUGCAGCAAUAUUUUUCUUCUCGAAAACUUGGACAAAAACCUCUAGUACUAAUAGUACUGAAAAAACUAUCCCUGGCCGACUGGGUUUGCCAUUUCUAGGCGAAGCUAUCUCUUUUCUUUCAGCCACUAACAGCACAAAAGGAAGUUAUGAUUUUGUCAGACUCCGGCGACUAUGGCAUGGAAAGUGGUUCAUGACAAGGUUAUUUGGGCAGAUCCAUGUGUUUGUUCCGAGCACAGAAGGAGCAAAAAUUAUAUUUUCGAAUGAUUUUGUACAUUUCAACAAAGGGUAUAUGAAAUCAAUGGCUGACGCUGCUGGAGAAAACAGUAUGUUCUCUGUACCACAUGAGAGUCAUAAAAGGAUUCGCCGUCUUCUUUCUGAAUCUUUCUCCAUGAGCUCUUUAUCUGACUACGUUCAAAAAUUCGACAACAUGGUUUCCCAAAGACUAAAGAAGUUGGAAGAAGAGAGCAAAAGCUUUGUAUUGCUUGACUUCUGUACUAAGAUAACAUGUGAUUCUAUAUGCAACAUGCUAAUGAGUAUUACAGACAGUUCGUUGCUUCAAAAUAUCCAGAAAGAUUGCACAACUGUUUCUGAUGCAACAAUAUCUUUUCCAUUUAUGAUUCCUGGCACCAGAUAUUACAGUGGAAUCAAGGCACGGCAACGUGUCAUGGAGACUUUUAAAGAGAUUAUUCGUAAACGAAGAAGUGGGAAAGAGGCCCCAAAAGACUUCCUUCAAUCCAUGUUAGAUAGAGAUUCUUUGUCUCCCAAUGAAAAGCUCAGUGAUUCAGAGUUGAUGGAUAAUCUAUUGACCAUGAUAAUGUCAGGGCUGACUACCUCAGCUGCUGCAUUGAUGUGGAGUGUCAAGUUUCUUGAUGAGAACAAAGAAGCUCAAGAUAAGCUCAGAAUAGAGCAGUUGUCAAUAUCAAGAAAUAAGGCAGUGGGAGCCUCACUAACCCUCGAAGACAUAUCCAAAAUGUCCUACGGUUCAAAGGUUGUCAAAGAAACACUGAGAAUGUCAAAUAUUGUGUUAUGGUACCCUCGUGUUGCUCUUAGUGACUGCAAAAUAGAAGGAUAUGAUAUACGCAAAGGGUGGCAUGUGAACAUUGAUGCAACUCAUAUACACUAUGACCCGGACUUGUAUCCAGACCCAAUGAAGUUCAACCCAUCAAGAUUUGAGCAAACGCAAAAGCCAUAUAGUUUCAUACCCUUUGGAGCAGGACCAAGAACAUGCAUAGGGAUUAAUAUGGCAAAACUUACAAUUUUGGUGUUUUUGCACCGUUUAACAACUGGAUACAAGUGGAGCGUUGAUAAUAUGGAUACUAGCCUUGAUCCGAAGGGGCAUAUUCCCAGGCUCAGGAGUGGUUGUCCUAUAACUUUGAGGCCAUUGUGAGAUGGUAUAUAUGGAACACAUAGGCACAGCAGGUCAUGUCAUUUAACAGUUUUACUGUCGUUCCUUUAUGGUUGUCGUUUAUGUGCUGGCAGACCCUUUUCUAUUUGUUAUUUUCCUGUAAAAGUCUUUUUAGAUUUCAUUUCAUCUAAAGAUAAAGAUGUUAUACAGGCAAAGUAGAUCAGCCAAUUUGGAUUAGAUUUGCUCUUUCCAGCCAAUGAGUCCCUACUUCGAAUAUGUAAAGUUUGCUGCUGUUAUGUCAUGUUGUAUCACAUGUACCAUGAAUAAAUAGUAACUAGAUAGACUUCGGUCUCUAAAA